AUGCUGAGAAAGCUCGGCUUCAACGUACAUCUCUUCGAUGCGGCGCCUGAUUUUGGCGGCAUUUGGAGGCUCAACUGCUAUCCUGGAGCUAGAGUCGAUAGCGAGGUCCCGCUGUACGGCCUCUCGUUCCCGGAGGUCUGGAGGUCGUGGAACUUCUCGUGCAAGUAUCCCGACUUUAAGGAGCUUCGCCAGUACUUCAACCACCUCGACGAGAAGCUCGAGCUGCGCAAGGAUUGCAGCUUCAAUCACCGCGUGCGCAGCGCGCACUGGGAUGAUGCUGCACAGAAGUGGACGCUGACCGCAGGCCCGAGCGAGGAUAAGACCGUCACUGUCACGGCGCAGCACGUCAUCUUCUGCCUCGGGUUCGCCUCCAAGGUCAACAUCCCUAAGAUUCCAGGCAUGGAAAAGUUCAAGGGCAAGAUCAUCCACACGGGAGAAUGGGACGAGUCGAUCGACUGCACGGGCAAGAAGGCCGCCGUCAUCGGCACCGGUGCUUCGGGCAUCCAAGUGAGCCAGGAGAUCGGACCCCUGGUAGACCGUCUUACCGUCUUUGUUCGCACGCCCAACCUUGCCUUGCCCAUGCGACAGCAGAAGCUCGAGGCGAGUGCUCAGGAGGCAUUCAAGGACAUCUAUCCCGAGAUCUUUGAGAAGCGCAAGAAGACCUUUGGCGGCUUCCACUACGACUUUGACCCGCGCGACACGCUCUCGGUCUCGGCUGAGGAGCGAGAGAGGCUCUACGAGGAGCUGUGGGCACGAGGCGGCUUCCACUUCUGGCUCGAGACCUUCCACGAUCUGUACGCCAACAAGGAGGCCAACAAGACCGCGUACGACUUUUGGCAGAAGAAGGUCGCGGCGCGCAUCAAGGAUCCCAAGAAGCGCGAGAUCCUUUGUCCCGAGGAGUGGCCUCACACUUUCGGCACCGUGCGCCCCUCGCUCGAGCAGAACUACUACGAGGUAAUGAACCAGGACAAUGUCGAGAUUAUCUCGAUCAAGCGCGGAGGCGACGAGGGCAUCAAGGAGAUCACCGAGACCGGCGUCAGGCUCAACAGCGGACGCGAAAUCGAGCUCGACCAGAUCAUCCUCGCCACCGGCUUCGAUACGCACACUGGUGGAUUCAAGCAGAUCGACAUUCGUGGAAAGCAGGGUCUGCCGCUCACCGACAAGUGGUCGCAGGGCUGCAACUCGCUCAACGGUCUCAACACGGCUAAAUUCCCCAACCUGUUCUUCCUGUACGGACCUCAUGGUCCUACGGCAUACUCGAAUGGUCCUUCCACCGUCGAGGUGCAGGCCGAGUGGGUGUGCGAGUUCAUCAAGUACAUGCGCGACAACAAGAUCGCGUCAUUUGACGUCGACGGCGAGGCCGAAGCCAAGUUCGGCGAGCACAUCAACGAGCUCUCGGCCAAGACGCUCUUCCACGAGAGCCACGGCUGGUACAUGGGCCGCAACAUCCCAGGCAAGCCGGUUCAGGCGCUCAAUUUCACCGGCGGCAUUCCGCUGUACGUCACCGAGCUCGACGAGUGCAAGAAGGCCGGAUAUCAGGGAUACAACCUCGUCAGAGCCUGA